AUGCGAAGAGAAUUCGGCUGCACCAAAACAUUAUUGGACGAUUGUGUAGAAAAAUUGAAAAAAGAUUUAACGAAGGGAAAUCUGACGAUAAAUAUUAUGUCUGACACUAAAGAGAAUGAUGGAAAUGAGAACGAAUACAAGAUAUCGUGCGAUUCGUUUAUUGUGUCCGCGCGUAGUGACGUUUUUCGCAGUUUGAUUGCUCGAAAAAACGAUGCAAAAGCGUUGACUUUCGCUGAAGACAUUUUCCCGCGAUCAUAUGCGCACGUCUUUAUUCAUUUUCUAUAUACAGAUUGCUUGGAUUUAUCGCUGGUUCCUUCAUCGGAAAUAACAAUUUCUUCUUUAUCAGAAGCUAAAGCGAUCGUUUCUGGUAAAUCACCGGAUAUUCAAUUACAUCAAUCCCUUCAUAUUCUCCAAAUCGCCAAGUUUUUCAAAGUUGAUCGACUUGUGCAGUGCUGUGAAGACGUUGUUGUAAAAUUUCUGAGCGUCGAAAAUUGUAUUGCUGUUUAUCAAUGGGCCAAAGAAGGAGGAUCGAAGUACAUUGAAAAGAAUGCGAAAAGAUUAAUUGAAUCUGAAUUUUCACGACUCGCAGAAUCUUCACAUAUUCUCGAUUUGACGUCGUCCCAAUUUGUCGAAGUGCUGGAAAGUCAAUUUAUUCAAGCAACCGAACUUCAAAUACUAUCCGCUUGUAUUGCUUGGGGUGAAGUCGAACUUCUGAGAAAACUUGAGGAAUGUGAGCCUAAUAUAGUUGCCGAUACUUGUCAUUCGAUCAGUAGAAGAGGGCUAAGAGAAUCGGAUAUGUCUAAUGGUAAUCUACGAAAUAUCGUUGGCCCACUGACGAAUCAUGUUCGAAAGGAUUUUAUACUUCCGCCAUUUCAUCAAACGUUAACCGAUGCGUAUAAUCGCCACGUUCUCGAUAGAGCUCCACUUCCUGUUGAUUUGAUUGUAUGCCCUUCAACAUCGGAAAUAAAUCCUGAUUUGCACUGGCUUCGAAUUCCUAAUCGAGCCACUGGGCCACGUUAUUACAAGCCUUAUCAUGAAGUUCUUCAAAGACACUCAUCUCUCCAAUUGUGUCCAGUUGAAGCUUCGUGCUCUUUUUCUACUUCUCCUGCUCUUUCUUGUUCUGUCGAAGAUGAAGCUCAAAUUUCAAUUAUUUCAAGACUUGUGAUUGCCAAUGCAUAUCCAGAUAUAAUAGGUCAAGAUGAUUUUGAGAAUGCGAAAAAUCGAAUUAUAUCUGCAAUCAAAGAAGUUGAGGAGCAGGGAAUGUGGAAGUGCCUUCCGAGGAGCUUCCAUAAACGAUUAGCACUAAAUCUUAUCAAAAAGCGGGUUUUAGCUGAAAUGGAUAUCAACGAAGAACUUGUCAUUUGCUAUUUUCGCUUUCAAAAUAUUGAAGAAGAUGAGGAAAAUAGGAAAGAAGUCGACAGUAUUGAUUCAAUUCCUAGCAUUCCAGACAUUCUGAUUGAAAAUUAG